AUGAAUCCAUUCCUGUUCAUGUCUGUUUUCCUGUUUUUCGCUAUCGAAAUCGUUGGUCAACAACUGUAUUCAGGAGACCUAGUCAUGAACUGUGACAACACCGACGAAACAGGACCAUCACCUGCAUUUCUCUACACCUGCAAUGGCUUAAAAUCAUCGUGUUCCGCCUUCCUAAUCUUUAGAACUCAACCUCUUUACAACACAGUUGCCGCCAUCUCAAAGCUCAUGACAGCAGACCCCACAGAGCUUGCCCGAAUCAACAACAUCCGGGAUUCCAACAAAAUCUUGAAUUUAAACAAAGAGGUCAUCAUUCCGGUAACUUGUUCUUGUUCUGGUAAGUACUAUCAGGCUAACACCUCUUACGUUCUUUCUAUGGGCGAAAACUAUUUCACGAUUGCAAACUCUGUGUACCAAGGUCUAACCACUUGUGAUUCGAUCCAAAGAAACAAUGUUUAUGAACGAUAUAACGUGCCUCCUGGUGUAAAGCUUCAGGUACCACUUAGAUGUGCUUGUCCUACAGUUAGUCAAACCACAGAGGGAACUAAGUAUCUAUUGACAUACUUGAUAGUUUUGAAAGAUUCAAUCCCGAAAAUUAGUAAACAGUUUAAGGUAAGCAGUCAAAAUUUAGCUUUAGCAAACGGGUUUUCUUCUGGGGAGAGUGAUGAGAUUUCUCCGAAUACAACUCUUCUUGUUCCUCUCCGUUCUGAGCCUUUGAGUUCUCAAACAAGAACACUUGGCCAAAAGGGAAGUCUGUCGAAGAAAUGCAUCAUUAUUGGGACCGUAACAGGUAGUUUCUUGGCAAUUCUAUUAUGUUGUUUGUUUGUGGGAUAUUUACUGUGGAAAAGAAAUAGAGCAAAUGGUGGUGAAAAACUAAAAUGGGUGUUGCCUAAAGAUAUUCAACUUGGUAUUGCUAGUGUCGAUCAACUCCUGAAAAUCUAUAGAUUUGAAGAAUUAGAGGAGGGUACUGAUGGUUUUAGCCUCCAAAACAGAUUAAGUGCUUCUGUUUAUAAAGGGAGUUUAAAGGGGAGGAUAGUCGCCAUCAAACAGAUGGGUGCAAGUGCACCGAAAGAGGUGAAAAUUCUCCAAAAAUUCAAUCACUUCAAUCUCAUUGGCCUUUAUGGAGUUUGUGAACAUGAUGGCGCUUGCUAUCUUGUUUAUGAAUUCAUGGAGAAUGGUUCUUUAAAGCAAUGGAUUGAAGAGAAGACUUCCCAAGAAAGUCGAUCUUGGAACAAUAGGAUUCGUAUUGCUCUAGAUGUUGCUAAGGGUCUCCAGUAUCUACAUAACUUUGCGAUUCCAGCAUAUGUUCACAAGGACAUAAACAGUAGUAAUAUUCUACUCAGUAAGGAUCUACGAGCCAAGAUUUCAAAAUUCGGUCUUGCUAGAUCAACAGAAAGGGACCAAAAUAAAAAUUCAUCGAUCAAAUGUCGUUUUGAGUCAAAGGGUUACCUCCCACCAGAGUACUUAGAAGAUGGAUCAGUGACAACCAAGACUGAUGUUUAUGCCUUUGGAGUUGUUCUCUUGGAAUUAAUCACAGGAAGGAAAGCCGUGUAUGAGCGUGAUGAUGAUGAUGAUGAUGAUGGGAAAGAAGUGAUGCUAUCGGAAGAAGUUCUUUCAAGUAUGGGUGAUGAAAAGCAUGCAAAAGGAAAGCUAAAUUACCUUAUUGACCCUCGUUUGCAAGCCAAACACGCCCUUGGUUUCGUCAUAGAUCAAGACGAACUUGCUCUAUGUCUGCUAAAACUUAGCAUAGCUUGUUUGGAACCUGAACCGUCAAGAAGAUUAAGCAUAAAUGAAAUAGUCUCUACUCUUAUGAAGAUUCAAAUGGACACACAAAGCACAGAAACCAUGUUUACGGUGUAG